AUGGCCAAAACCAAACUGGCCCCUCGGCAGACACAGUCAAUUCCAAAGUUUGAGCUGAACGCAGCAGUUCUCGGCGCUCGACUGGCCACAUACGUCGCAGACGCGCUACAAAUCUCUGGACUCAAUAGAAUUUUCUUCACUGAUUCCAGCACUACCAGGAACUGGAUACGAGCCGUCGCUUCACACUACAUGCCGUUCGUCAGCCAUAGAAUCGGAGAGAUUCAGUCUCUCACCGAUGCUAACGAGUGGCGUUUUAUCCCCGGGAAACUGAACAUAGCAGAUGCUGCGACGCGGUCCCUAUUGACAGACGGAGAGCCGAUUCCACCAAGAUGGCUGGAAGGACCAUCUUUCAUCGCUUUACCAAUUGAGCAAUGGCCGAAGAAUCUGCCUUGGGUGGCAGUAGCAGCAGAGAAAAGAACUGCCCACAUCCACCACGCAAUUUCUGAGCUCUCCUUUCAUGAUUGGAGAAAAGUAGUCAUCGACUCGAAGAACAUCUCAACAUUCUUGAAGGUAGAAGGAGAUGCCAAGGAGACUAUAUUAAAGUGCCAAAAGGAAGCAUUCCGUGAAGAAAUCAGUCUACUAUCAAAGGGCAAGCAAAUCCCAAAAAGGUCAAGCCUCAUUCAAUUAACUCCUUUCUUAGACAAAGACGGAAUGCUCCGAUUGGGUGGACGGAUCCACCGCGCAAAGCUACCAUAUGAGGUUUUGCACCCUCCAAUUUUGCCUGGGAAACACCCACUUGCAGAAAAGCUGGUGACAGCAGUGCAUCAGGAGUCACAUCACGCAGGCACUGACUUACUCCAUGCCAAAAUUAGACAGCACCUUUGGAUCCUGCAAGGACGAGAGCUGGCAAAGAAGAUCCGUUUCAUUUGUGCCACCUGUGUGAAAACGCGUGCCAAACUCGCCACACAAAAGAUGGGUGAUUUGCCAUCUGCUCGUCUCGACUCCUACACUGCGCCAUUCACACACAUAGCUCUGGAUUACUUCGGUCCGCUCGAAACGUCAGCUUACAGGAACCGAGUAACCAAACGGUAUGGCCUGUUAAUCACCUGUCUCGUCACUCGCAAUGUUUAUUUAGAAAUGGUGUUGUCAAUGUCAACACCGGAUUUUCUCUACUGUCUACGACGUUUCAUCGGAAAAUUCACGAAGCCAACCGAAAUCUUCUGUGAUAACGGGACAAACUUCGUGGGAGCUGAGAAGGAGCUGGCCACAGCGUUUCGCGAGUUGCAAAAGGACGAAAAGUUGAAGGAGUUUGCGCGAGAGCGCUCAAUCAUUUGGAAAUUCCAGCCACCUAGUGCUCCACAUUUCGGCGGAUCACACGAAUCGAUGGUAAAAUCAACAAAGAGGGCGCUUUACCGGGCGCUGGAUACGGAAAAAGCUGGACUGCGCUACCCGACGGACGAGAUGCUUAGAACGCUACUGAAGGAAGUGACGGGCAUGUUGAACGGGAGACCUCUAACGCUGGCCAGCAAGGACCCAGAAGACUUCAGACCGAUUACACCAAAGGAUUUCUUGAACCUGCCACCAACGUCGGACCUUCCGGCCGGAGACAUUCGCCGCGCUCUGCCCCGCGACCAUAUUCGUUACGUAAAGAAGAUGGCCAAUUUAUUCUGGGAUCUAUGGACCAAGAUCUUCCUCCCCACGCUGGUUCCAAGAAGGAAGUGGGUCGCGGAAGAAAGGAAUUUUGAAGUUGGAGAUUCCAUCAUGCUAUCGGACAACAAUUUGCUGCCAAAUAAGUGGAAGACGUGCCGAAUCAUCGAAGUGUAUCCUGGUUCCGACGGUUUUGUUCGAGUCGUCAAAGUGAAAACGGAUUACGGAGAAUAUCUGAGACCAAUCCAUCGGCUAGUGCUACUGGAACCUUACUCGGCCGUCCUUCCGUCGGCCUCGGGGGAGAAUGUUCCAGAGAAAAAGAACGUUUAA